GGGCAGAUUAGCGUGGAUGGAUAUGGAGGAAGCGAAGAAGAGAAAGCUAGAGGAAGGAGGUAUACUUCCAGUGGUUUCACUAGAAGAGUUGCGCUCCCUUCUUGACCCCCUACCUAAAACGCAGCUUGUUGAUCUUCUUGCUCGGGUAGGGUCCCAAAAUCCUUCAAUUGCUGAAGAAAUUAAAAAUGUUGCAAGCGCAGAUCCUGCACUUCGAAAGCUUUUUGUUCGCGGUUUAGCUUGGAAUACCUCUUCAGAAACUUUGUGUGCUGCCUUUGAAGAGCACGGCGAAAUUGAGGAGGGUGCAGUCAUUUUUGACAAAGUGACUGGAAAAUCUCGUGGCUAUGGUUUUAUUACCUAUAAAGAUAUGGAAUCAGCUCAGAGAGCUCUGCGAGCACCUAGCAAGAUGAUUGAUGGUCGCAUGUCAGCUUGUAAUCUAGCUUCUGAAAGCCUAAACAGCAAUACCAGUAUUGCAUCUGACCAAUCACAGAGGAAGCUCUAUAUUGGGGGUUUAUCACCAGACACAACUAGUGAGAUGCUUCUUGAUUUUUUCCGAAGGCAUGGUGAGAUAGAGGAGGGUUCAGUUGCAUAUGACAAAGAUACUGAAAAAUCGCGUGGUUUUGGCUUUGUCACUUAUAAAACUACAGAGUCUGCAAAGAAAGCGUUAGAGAAUCCACAAAGGAUACUUGGGGGAAGGAAUGUUACGGUCAAACUUGCUGACAAUUACAAAGGCAAGUUCACUGCUCAAGUACAGACUUCUGCAGCAUUAGUUACAACCCCAUUUCCGACAACACCACCCGGUUACCACUCACAUGUUCAACAGAAACCACCAUAUGGAUCUGAAACUCAUCUCAGCGGUUACGCAUACCACAGUGGCACAUAUAUGGUUCCACAGCCAUCCUAUCCCAUGCAACCUCCUCCUUAUCCGCCCUACUACAUGCCAACCCAAUAACCGAAGACGAUAAUAGUAAGAAAUCUAGUGCCAUUAAUAUUUGUCUUCUUAUAGGUGUCUUGUUUUAUAAAAACAUGUCAAAAUAGUGUAUUUUCCUUAAAUAGUUGGAUUUAGUUGGGCAGUUCUUUAGAGGAGGACUAGAUCAUCAGAGAAUUAGACGGGUCUCGAUGGCUGAUAUUAAAUUUGCAAAUGAUGUUUUGUUGCACUUUGUUUUAGAUUUCCAACAUAGAAGUAUAUUUUUUUCAUUACUCUUCAUCAUUGCUUCUAUUUAGAGUUCUUGGGUCAUGGUAAGGUGCAAGUGUAAGUAAUAUCUUGACCAAUUCAGAAGAGAUCAAGAGAUAUUAGAGCUUUCUUUCAACACACCUAUCUGUAGUAAUUACAUCCCUAACAUUUAAAGACGCUUCAUAAUGAAUGAGUUUCUUUAGUACUAUAGUAGUAUUGUAAUCUUUCUAUGCAAUUUCUGAUGCGUGAAGUCCAAAAUAUUGCGUGC